ACUUCGCUAGGUGCUUGAUAGUGAAAUGCUUCAAUGGUGGGAAAGUGCAUUUCAGGGAUUGAGAAGAUGGGCAACUAUACGCUGAACAAAGCCGGGGUGCAGCGUCCUUCUGAACCAACUUGCAAUAGUGAAUCAAGACAAUUGGCUGUUUCAUUAUUUCUGUUUUUACAGCAAUAAAUAAUAAAAAAAUAUAUUGUAAUAUCAAAUGCAAGUGGAAAUAACUAAAACGUGCAUAAACGCAAUCAAAUGUAAGUGUAGGAAAACCUGAAUAGGCUUCAGAUAACCACCGUCUAAUCAUAACACAGCCUGUGUAUGUAAUGUAACUGCAGUGUGUGCACGUUGCAAUGCAUGCCAUUAAUGAUACAGGCAUAUUAAUAUUGUACCACUGUUUGUUUAUUUAGAAAUGUAACUUCUUUUGAGGUAGUGAGUUGCAAAUACAUGUUAAAAUGAUGAGUGAACGUGCCUUUAUGAAAAUAGGUGCGCUAGUUAAAGUCUGUUGAUGAGCAGUGAGCAGGUGCACGGUGCUGCGCAGUUAAGCCUUCAUUCAGAGCUGCAUGAUUGGUAAUGGAAGGCGUGUGUAGAUACCGUUACUGACUAGCAUUACACAGACCUUUGUUUCGAAUGUGACUGUCGGGAUCCUCUAAACAUGUUGCACAGACAGCAGCUGGUUCGUGGUCUUCAGUGCAGAAGAGACAUGCGUGAUUUUCAAUGCAUAAACUCGGUGCUCUUUUUUUGAUGAAUGAAUGAUGACGAAGGAAGAAGGUGGCAAGCAGUGAUGAAAAAGCGAUCGGACCCCCCUUGCAUGCAUCGCUGUGCAAUUCAAAACAACCUCCUACUGCCAAUUUAUGGAGACUAGGAGAAGCAGCUGAGCCAGAUAAUGUAUUUGUAGAAUACUACUGGAAUUUGCAAUGCUUUGCUUGACUUGUCUCUCUGCAGAUGGCUCCGAAAAAGAUGCUGGAUGAAAACCACCAUCUGAUACAGUGCAUUAUGGAUUACCAAAGCAAGGGCAAAACAGCGGAAUGCACUCAAUAUCAGCAAAUACUGCACAGAAACCUGGUUUACCUUGCUACAAUAGCAGACUCCAAUCAGAACAUGCAGUCUCUGUUACCUGCACCUCCCACCCAGAAUAUGAACAUGGGUUCUGCAGGCAUCAGUCAGAGUGCAUCGAACCAGUCUCUCCAUUCCCAGAACAACCUGAAUGACAGCAUGGUGACUGGCCUCCCUCCCACCUCUCUCAUGCAAAACCAGAUGAGCAAUGGUCCGAACCAUGUGUCCAUGCAGCAGUCUGGACAGACGUCCCUCCCCACCACUUCCAUGAGCAUGCCGGUCAGCAGCCACGGCUCGGCCACGGGCUACAGCCACUCAGUGGCCUCGUCACAGAGCAUGCAGAUGCAAAGCCAGGGCCAGUCCAUGGGAAACUAUGGCUCCCGGACAAACCUCAACAUGCAGUCCAAUCAAGUCACAAUGAUGCACCAACAAGCCGCAACAUCCCAUUACACUUCAGCACAAGCCGGAAGCCAACACUACCAGGGGCAGCAGUCCAUCGGAAUACUGGGACAGGGUAACCAAGGCAACAGCAUGAUGGCCCAGAGGCCCAUGGGAUCCUACCGACCCUCACAGCAAGGAUCCGCUGCGCAGUACUUAGGGCAGGAGGAGUUCUACGGAGGGCAGUAUGGACACAGUCAGAGCUCCAGCGAGCCCAUUAACCAGCAAUAUUACCCCGAUGGCCAUGCAGAAUAUGCCUACCAGCAGUCUUCAUACCCUGAGCAGAGCUAUGAGCGGACCUUCGAGGAGUCGUCCCAGCACUAUUACGAAGGAGGAAACUCUCAAUACAGCCAACAGCAAGCCUCUUACCAGCAGGGCUCCACCCAGCAGCAGCCGUUCACACAGCAGCAGUACCCCAGCCAGCAGAGCUACUCUGGACAGCAGCAGGGCUACGGCCCAGCUCAAGGAGCCUCCUCACAGUACUCGAGCUACCAGCAGGGACAGGGUCAGCAGUACAGCUCCUACCGAGCUUCCCAAACCGCACCCACCGCACAGCAACAGAGACCUUACGCAUACGAGCAGGGCCAGUAUGGGAACUACCAGCAGUAGGAAGUAAAGCACUCCCCACUUCCCUGUCCAGCCUCUGAUGAACAGACCAACAGUUUCCUUUUUCUCCUUUCUUUGCUUUUGCUUUUUCUUUGAGUAUUCUGUGUCGAUCUGUCAGUUUGUAUGGUAGCCUGAAGCAGAUUCAUGAGCAUUUCUUCCUCAUUUCAUGUUGGAUAUUUUCCGGCCGGUCUCCGUUCAAAACAUGUAAAGGUGAAAACAAGUUUGAAGUCACUAAUCUUGCAGCUGUAAGCUGACAGUGCUAAUUUGGAAAGGUGUCCCAGAAUUCAGCUUUAUAAUUUUGAUUAUCUAGAAGGGAUGACAGUGGUAAUAGGCUUUCGAAGAGUUAGGUGUCAGUUUGAUUAAUCUAUACCCUAAGUUACCACUGGAUUUGUUAGAACUUUUAACAGCGCUACUGAAUUAACCUGAAUUGCAUCAACCACCUAUUUGUAGGGCUAUCCCAGGUGACUGAUAGUUAAUGCAAUCUGGGGUUAUGCCCCAGUACUAUAAAAUGCUCCAAUAAAGUCCAGCUGUGGUUUAUCCUGGUGGGGUAAAGGUUGAUAAAACUGAACCAUUAAUCAGUUUCUUCAGCAUCCAUCCCGGCAGUGACCCCUGCAGUGAGAGGUGGUUCUGGGGCUCCAUGUUCACUUGUAGCUCAGAGGUUUCGUAGCUCAGCAGCACUUAACACUGUUAGUCAGUGAUAUUAUCCUCCUAAUGUAGAGCUAUGGGACAGUGACUUCAAAAUCCUGUGCUCUAAUUGGCAACGUUCUCCCAAACCAGGAUCCUGUACUUGAUACAACCUAACGUGUGUCAAACCCCCUGGUGUGUACUCAAGAAUCUGCUGUGGACUGAGCACUGACUGAAAAGGCAGAUAUACUUCCCACUGAGCUCCUUGUUUGAUGUGCAUUUAUUCUGCUAUGAAAGACUUGAGUCCUUUUUUAACCAUUAGUUCAAUAAUAUAUUUACUUUAUUUAUUUGAGAAUGUAUAUUUUGGGAUACUAUAGUUCCAAAUAUUAUUAUUAUUAUUAUUGUUAUUAUUAUUAUUUAAUUUUUAGGUAACUUUUAAGUUUUAUUUGCACUUGUACGCCAUACUAAAAUAAGGAAACAAAAUGUUGUGCCACACCAUAGUUAUCCAAUAUUUUUCAACCCCUGUGCAGUUAUAUUUUAUAAUACUCAGUGGGGUUUUCUCUAGUGAUAGAAACAGCGCUGGAUCUUAAUAGUGCCUCACUGAAACUUCAUCUGCUUUAAUGCAGGCCUCUCCCCACUGUAUUUUAUUGCAUUUAUUGGCGCUAAAGCCUCUCAGUCCACUGGUGGACAGAGGGGAUCAAUAAAAAGCUUGUUGUGAAUAACUGUCAAUCUUGUAGGUAUGAGUAUGGGGCUGGGUGUCCAAUAUCUUUAUCCAAGGAGCUGUUUUUCUUCUACACAUUGCUGUAUUCAGUCUCCCACUAUCGCUUAUACUGUUACCAGGGGGGUAUCCAAGUUAUUUUCUGAGCUGUGCUGCAGUCUAUAUUGGUUUAGAAGUACACAGGUACUGGUGUGACUGACUGAUAUAAUAUUUUUGUGUGAGAGGACUCAGGGUUGCAGACUGCACAGUGUGUCUCAGAAGAAAAUAAAAAAAGCACAAAGAAACUAGCUUGACAAGCACCAGAUUCCUUAUGGAAAUCUCCUUUUCAAAGGGUGAUUUGCUGGUGGCUACUGUGAUGUGUUAAUAGUGUCCAAUGCUUGUGUCACACUGUUGAAUGUACAUGGUGGUUAUUCUGUUAACUUCUGUGUGAGAAACACUGGGCUCCCCUACAUUUUUGUAUUCCCAGUUGACAGAAUUUUCAUAAGCUUGUUGGAGCAUUAAAAAAAAUUGCUAUGAAGCUCUUAGGGAAAAGUGUUAGUUUUACAUAAAGCACUUGAUUUUGUUUUGCUAGUAUUAAGCGUCAUAAUUGAUAAAUGAAUACAGUUUGGAACAACAAUAAACAAACAAAAAAUGCCUUUAGUUAUAUGCCUAAAUUUGUACAUUGUUUCUUUCGUUCGUUUACCGAAAAUACUGCUUACCCUGUUGACUGGGAUGUACACCAGCAGCAUUCUUCGGUAAUUUUCUCAAUGGCGUCCCAUUGAAGUUAAAAUCUUUAGUGUGUCAGUUAAGGUGCAAUAUAUUUUUUUUUACUGUGAUUGUGUCUUUGUUUCUUUAUUUAUUAAUUCCACACCUGUAACGAUGUUGUAAUUCAGCUUUGGUUAAAGAGAAACAUUCUGAUGUGGAUGUGUGUUUGUGAAAAUCCAUGUAUGUAUGCUACAUGUUUAAGAAAAAAAAAAACAGGCAGAGGCCUCUUAGGGUGCAACUUCUAAAUGAGAUAACUUAAACAGGGGCUGCUUAAUAUCUGUUGCUGUACUUGGCAGUCCUGUGGGCAGCUGUCCCAUGGGAGUGUUGGUUGCCCAUAGUGUAUAGGCCCUUUUACCUGCCCUGAGUGGGUUUGAAAGAAGACCUUUGACUGAGUUUGACUUCACUGCUUUCUCUGAUCUCCAGCACUACUGCCAUGCUCUUUAAUCUUUGCUGAACUGCCUGUGCCUGAUAACCCGUUUACCCAUCAUUAGAAAUCAAAGGCCAAGUGUUCUAUAGACACAUUCGCCUUAUUGUUACACCUCAUGGCAAGAUACUGUUUGAACUGUGUGUUUUUUUCAGAAAUCGCAAGGUAGCUAAACUACAGCAUGGAAACUGCUGAUUGUUUUACUAGAACAAAAUGCACAAUGCUGCUGACAUUGUAUUUACCACAAGAGAUAACAGCACAGUCCACCUGCAUUUUCAGGUUCCUUAAAGAGUUAGUCAGCUUGCUGUGUUUGGCUGUCAGACAGCUAUAUCAUUGUACACCCAGUGCUGUGACAAUAGUGGGAUUCUUUUAAUCAUGACUUGUUGCAAAAGCUGAUUUUUAGUUCCUAUAGUAAUGCUGUUUAUGUUGAAAAGCUCUUUAUAAUGUAAAAAUUGUAAUAAUUGUAAACCAUUGGUAAGAGAGAGAACACUUAUCAUUUGACCAUUGACCAGAUAUGAUUGUGUUUUAUCUACAUGUAAAUUGUACUGCAUUGCCUGUUAGUAAAAUGUUUUUUUUGUUUGUUUUUUUUUUGGUACUGUUUAAUAUUAAAAUAAUAAAAUCACC